AUGCAUCCUAGAGCUUUGCAAAGACCACCAUUCGACGCAGAUCGAUCUCCUGCAUCCAUCAGUACCGGUUGCAUGCUUCCACCACCACUACCAAGCUCACAAGUUGCUUCCACCAACACCCCUCUCUCCCCAUAUUCUCCGCCUCUUGCUACACCUCCAGCAUCUCAGGUAGCCAACUCUGGCUCUCCUGUAGCUACCAGAACACGGAGGCAAGUCCACCUGACCCCUUCUGGCCGAGAGUUUUGGAAAGAUGCGAAGAUACACUGGAAUAAUGAUGGCUCGUCUUAUACCCCUUCAUCCGAAGAUUUGCUUGUUGAUUGGCUUCAAAUACCUGGUAAUUGGAAGUUCUUUUUUAGUGGAUACAAGGGUGGUACACAGUCUAAAGGGGCCAAGCGAUGUUCCGAGCAGUUGUACAAGUGGUAUUGUCCCACCGUUAGAACCCCAAAAGCUUGUCAAAAGAAGCUCACAGAUCUCCAUGAUGAUUGGGUGAAAGCUUAUGAUCUUUAUGGUAAGAGAGGUACUGGUCAAGGAGAUAUGGGGUAUAGACCAGAGAUCUCCUCCGAAAACGAGCACAAUGACAUUAUUGACACUGAAGCCGAAAAGCUCAAGCUAUGCCCUCGCUACGAUGUCCUUACGCCCAUCUUUCAGCCUUCGGAGGGUGGUUCUGUAGCAAACAGAGGGGAUACAGGUUCAACAAUAUCAUCUUCCCGUACCAACACACCCUCUCUCUUGGAUCGUUUUACAGCUACUUUCAGCCAAGGAGAAAGGGCUCUGUCGUCCGUACCUGGAGGAGAGAGACCUUUAGACGAUCAUCCAAUAGAAUCAGACUUCAAUAUGGGGAGAUAUCGACAGGGUGAUACAGACACCGAAGACAACGAAGAUGGACCAGAGACAGCUUCAAUUACCACCUCUCGUUCUGGAUUUUCCAAGAGUAUCAGUGACAACCUAUCUGGAUCACGCUCGCGAGUAGAUCAAGCUUUAAUUGACAAUGCAGAGGCUAUCAUAUCUAAAGAAGCAGAGUAUCGCGAGAAACGUCUCAGGAAUGCCGAAGACACAGCUGAGAGGGACAGGGAGUAUCAGGAGAAGAGGAUAAGAUUAGAAGAAGACAGAAUUGAGCUUAAACGAGCGAAGAACAAGGAAGAAGCUAUUGCUGCUUGGGUGAAAAACAAAGCUAAGUUUAGUAUCAAUCCUGAUAUUGAUGCUUUAUAUGAUCAAGCUGAAGAUUGGUAUAUGCAAAGAUAUACCUAA